AUGGACGGAAACGCGGACUCGACGUCGAAGCCGCUUUUUGGCCAAUAUUCAGCCGCGAAGGACAGCGGCGACAGGCCCAGAGUGAGAUUGCCAGGCGUCCAAGAAGCUCAGGCUCGAUUGCAGGAUCAAGGGACGCCCAAAUUGUCCAAGGCGCUCUUGAAACCGUUUCGAUUCAACCAGAAAUCAGAAGAAAAUGUCCCGCCUAGGCCUUUUCGGUUUUCUUUGCAGCCCUCGACGCCGAUACGGUCGUUGGAGGUGCAAUCCGCUCGACGAGCGACUUCCCGGAGCACCCUGAGCACGACGACCAACGUUCAGACUCACGGAUCGCCUUUUGAGCCCUCUGAGCGAUUUGGAAACGAAGAGAAUACCCUUCCGGCUAGCACACACCUGGAUUUCGGAGGAUUUCGCCAGAGCGGGUUGCUCAAUACACCCAAUUCAGUCGCAUCAUCCAGCAACCGUGACGAUAAUAAUGGAGGCGAGGAUUCUUUUGUUGAAAAGGUUGCUCGGGAUUUUGCCAAUUUGAAGCAGCGGAACGCGACUUUGCAAACUCAAAAUGAACGUUUGACUGACGCUCAUGAGCAGAGUCUACAGGAAAUACAGCGUCUGAAGUCACAGUUGUCCUCCCUGUCUGUCCAGCUCUCCGCCUCCGAACAGAAGAACGAGCAGCUACGAGGAGCACUUCGCGAAACGGAAGUUCAGCUGGCCAACUCCACGGCGAAUCUCAAAGCUGCGAAUGAAACGACCAACGGGCUUACGGAGAAGAUACAAUCCCUGACGCUCGACUUUCAGUCACUUCGUCAAGAAAACGCAAAAAUUUCGGUCAAGGAGGCGAAGACCAACCAACGGUUGGACGAAGCCCGCCUGGUAGUUUCGGGUUUACGCGAGAGUUUCAAGCAGCAAUCCGAGGAUAUGCAAGAGCUCAAGGAAGCCCAGGGCCGUAUUCAAGAGCGGUAUGGUCGCGCUAUUCGUGAAAUCCAGGAUCUGCGCUCCCAGGCAAGCGAAUGCACCUCUGCAUUUCAAGGACAGUCCUCCGCCAACGUCUGGAUGGCCAGCGCAAAGGAAGGUCGAACCAUCAUCAACGAGCUGAAGGGCGAACUGGAAACUUCUCGCCGCGUUUCAGACAUCCUGAGGGAUAAACUUCAUCAUAUGGCUUCUCAGCUGCUGGAGUCAAAAGAGCGGGUCAAAGAGCUUGAACAGGAAAGGUACGACUCGAUGGCGAGGCUGGAUACCAACCUGCGAGAGACGAACGAUCGUAUCGAGUCUGCAUUGAAGCUGGAUCAAGCCCAACAAGAGAUAUUGAAAAGGCUUGCCGAUCGAGAACGGGAGACCAUUGAUGCCCUAACAGAGGCCGCGAAAGUCGAAGAAAUGCUGGUUCUUGCAAAGAAAGAAAUUGCUCGUUUGUCGGGAGUAUGUAAAGCGAAGGAGGCUGAGCUGAUUCCACUGCGUUCCGCGAGGGAAGAUCAUCUCUCGAAGAUGCUUGCUAUGCAAGACAUCGUCAAUGCCAGGGAUCGAGAGAUAACAGGUCUUCGAACUGAGCUCAAGUCACUGUUUGAAUCCAAAGAAGACCUCAGAGCCCUUCUCGCUGAAGCGAAGAAGUCCAUUGUCGAGAAGGAACAGGAAUUGAGCCAAGCCCGUAGCCUGAACCCUGAAAUAGAAAGUCGAAUGCAAGAGCUGAAAGAGCGUUUCUCAAGCUUUGAGACCGCCAUUCUUGAACGCAGCGCACUCGAGAGCAAGGUCGCAGCUCUGCAGCGUGAAUGUGGCGAGCGAGAUAUCCGGAUCAAGGGUCUGCAGGCCCUCCUGGACCAGGAACGAAAAUCAUCCGAGCAAGCGAAAUCGGCUUCUGACCGCCUUACUGAGGCCUCAGCGAAAGAGCGCAGUACUUUGGCAGAACGGCAUCGCACGGAGCUACAAGACCUACGCCGGGAGCUUCUUAAGGAGAAGAACGCCCUGAUGGAUAGCCAUCGCGAGGAACUGAAAAAGAAAGAGGAUGCCCUCCAACAAGCAUUGAAUAAGUAA